AUGCCUGACUACGUUCCCGGAUCUCUAGUACAAACCCUUUUGGGAAGCAAGUCAGCGGCCGUUGACAGUGAACUCGAUGCCUUAUUUAAGAAUAGUGCUGGUCCUGCUAAGCUUCCGUCCCUGGAGUUUAAGAAAACUUACGUGCAUACCACUGGAAGCACAAUUUCGGUCUCAAAAUCUAGCAAUGAUGAUAAGAAGCAUGUAAAACGAGGUGAAAGAAAGGCGAGAUCUAAUGAAACCACAAAAAGCAGGAAACAACGAAAACCGACAUUAGAAGAAGAAUAUGAGAAGAAAUUGCUUAAAACAGAAAAGAAGACUGCGGAAAAGGUCUUGAAACCACAAGAAAUGCAAGCCGCACAUGAGAACGUCUCUUUGACUAAAUCUACCGAUUCCUUUACAAAAAAACGUAAAAGUUCGCGAUUAAGCAAGAAAGACAAAGCUCAAAAAAAGACCAGACUUUCAGAGGACGUGGAAAAAGUUGAGAGCAAGAAAGAUUCAGAGCCUCGUAAGAAGUCGAACGAUGAUAAUAACGAGCGGCCGCAGCAGUCAGACGAAGCCGAUUACAAGGGACUAAAACGCAAAUUCUCCGAAUUUGGAACAAUCGAAAGCAUCCGAUUUCGCUCAAUAGCAUUUUCCGAACCGCUUCCACGUAAAGUAGCGUUCAUAAGGGGAAAAUUACACGCUGAACGCGACAUUCUCAAUGCAUAUAUUGUAUACACAUGUAAAGAAGCCGUCACGAAAGCACUAUCAAUGAAUGCUCAAGUCUUUCUGGGGAAGCAUUUAUGUGUGGAUUCUGUUGCUAACCCAAGGAAACACGAUCGUAAACGAUCUGUGUUUAUUGGCAGUCUGCCAUUUGACGCACAAGAAGAGCAGCUCUGGGAACACUUUAAUGGCUGUGGUGAAAUAGAAAGUGUGAGAAUAGUGCGAGAUCGGAAGACUAAUUUCGGAAAAGGUUUCGCUUAUGUACAGUUUAAGGAUCGUGCAUCUGUGAAUCUUGCGUUGAUGCUUCACGACAGUGAACUUGGGAACAGAAAGAUACGUGUUACUAAAUGCAUAGACUCUAGUAUGCGUGACGAUAAUGCUGAUAGAAAGAGCAAAAAAGUUAUGGAAGGAACACGCGCUGUCAAGCCGAAAAAGGCACCUAGAAUUAGAACGAGAACGCAAUCAUGGAAGGCAACACACAAGGGUAGUAGGCAAAAGAAAACUGGACCAGGCAAUAAAUUAGGAACCAAAAAGCAUACGAGGUUUAUAUAA